AUGUUAAUCUGCGUAGCUAAAGGAAGCCAGGUGCUCAGCGGCCCCCAUAUCCACAGAAACGUUUCUCUCAAAUGCAUGCAGGACACUGACGAAUUCCUUUCCGACUUGAAUUCAGUGGAGCCCAAAGAAUACGCUCUGAGAAUGUAUGACUCGGUCGGGAAGCUUGGGAGCAAUAUUCUUAACGGAAACGUGGACAGGCUGGGAUCGUACAGCGAGUGCCUCUCCGCCCGGGCUCCCUCGGGGCGCUUCCAAGGACAGUACUGCAAGUUUCAGAUCCUGCAGGAUGGAGCUGCAUACAGCGUGGGAGUGUGUGUCCCUGAUUCUUGCACCGAAGAGGACGUGACCGUGAUGUCUCGGCUGGAUAUUUUCAGAUUCAGAAAUACUUCGUUUUUGGCCCCUUCUCUCUCUCUCUUUGCAAUCAAUUCUUCCUCCUCAUCUGGCACGGGCGCGGCUAGAUGUGCUACUGGAACGUUCCCCCUCGACACCUUUGUGGCCAUGUGUCUCUGCCUCACCUCGCUGGGCCUCCUCCUUCCCCUGGCUGGGACUGUCUAUGUGGCGGCCAGGGGGCGGGGGCCCGACUACAGGGAGUCACCCUCACAUCGGGCACGACCGGCCACCGACGGGAGCCUGCCUCUGAGAGAGACACAGAGGAGUGACCCAGGAAACAGAGCGGGUGGCCUGGCCCACCUCUCACUCUCAGGAACCCCGAGCAGAGGACAAAGAUUUUUAGGAGCCACGGAGCAUGCUCUGAAAUGCUUUUCGUGGCAGAAGAACGUGCCGGCCAUCCGGACCACAGAGACGCCCGCGGGGGGCGUGUGCUCUGCGCUGAAUGGCAUCCGGGCUCUGAGCCUCCUCUGGAUCAUAUCCGGGCACACCAGUCAGAUGACUGCCUGGCUGUCUUUGGAUAAUGUGCUUGAGUGGAAAAGCAGAGUGCUUAAAAAUCCACUGUACCUUUAUUCUCGGAGUGGCCCAUUCUAUCUUGGGGUUGACACGUUCUUCCUGAUCAGUGGUUGGCUAAGCGCAAGGUCAUUUCUAAGGAUGCAUCAGAAUUCGGACAAAGGAACAACCCUUAAUGUCAUCCUCAGAUACUUCCUCAGCCGCCUUACAAGGUUGCAGCCCCUUCACAUGUAUUCGGUGUGCUUGCUGGCUGGAUUGUUCUCUCUUGUUCCCUGGGGACCCGUCUGGGAAGUGCCCAAGUUCCACGUGGAUAACUGCCGGCGAGCGUGGUGGACGAAUCUGCUGUUGCUAAAUAAUUUCCUGUGGGUCCAAAAUGCGUGUAAUGGCUGGACGUGGUACCUGGCCAACGAUUUUCAGUGCCAUCUCAUCACGCCGGCGAUCGUCCUCAUCCACAGAAAAAGUAAACAUGUCCUUGUCCUCCUCGGGGCCAUGCUGUUCUUGGCAUCUUUCACUGCCACAGCUCUGCUCACCCUGGCUUACUCCCUUCCGGUCGCAGCUCCGUCAGAAGCAAGUGAAAACGUGACUGUGUUGUACUUCUCCGAGUACUACACGAAGCCCUACUGCAGAUUCGGACCAUUCCUCGUGGGGCUCUUUCUGAGCAUUUUCAUGCACCAAAACCACCAGGCAAACAUUCUUAAAACCAAGACGCAGGCCCUGCUGGGGUGGACUUGCUCCCUGGCCACCCUGUUCGCAGUGGUCGCUCUGGCGUAUGCAGUGGAUGAUACUUCUGUCACCUCUUCACCUGCCGUUGCUGUGUACCAGGCCCUCCACCGGACCCUGUGGGCGGCAGCCGUGGGCUGGGUCCUGUUGGCAUGUCAGGAAGGCUAUGGAGGUUCUACCGACAUGCUCAGGGACUGCACAGAUCUGGGCCAGAAACCACCGAGUCCUUUCCAGAGGCUGGCAGCCCAUGAUUUCCGGAUCCGCGCUGGGAAUGGGACGGACAUGUGCACAGAGAGCUGGAAGCCGUACGACUGGCUGGGACUGGAGGGAACCGGAAGGCGCCUUGGCUACUCGGGAAAUGGAUUUGCGGCGGAGAGCUUCUCUUUCCCGAGUGAUGCCGUCGGGGCACAGCCCCCUGUGUUCUGGGGUGUGAACCCUUCUCCUAGGAACGCGGAGCAGACGCGAGUUCGUGUGGCCCUUCUGUGGUUUAAGGCUCCGCCUUGUCGGUGGCCGGGCUGCUGCUCUGCAAGAGGGUUCCAGACAGAUCCCUCCACCAAUGGUGCCCGCUACCAGAGCAAGAGCACCACCAAAAGCUUGAUGCUUCCACCGUCACUCUGGUGA